CUACGUAUAAACACGUACUGAGCGCCGUUGAGUGUUGUAGUAGGAGUACAAAAUAAACAAAAUACAGCAAGGCAACGCUGUGACAUAAAGUUGGAAAAUACAGUUUAUUAGAUGCUGAUGUUACGUAAUGCGAAAGAAUACCCAUAUUUUCACCUAGAAGAGGACAGUAUAUUUUAAAAAGACUGAACUUAAAGCAGCUUGCUAACGUUAGCUAGCUUUAAGCUUAGCUACCUAACGUUAGCAGUGCGAAGGAAUUUGUGAAAAGGAAACUCCAAAGAACAGAACACUCACCUGCACAGAGGAAACGAGCAGAAGAAGCUUACCUCUGCUUAUUUCAGCAUUCUUCAUUUGUUUGAAUUUGAUACUAUAGGCAGCUCUUCUUUCACUGUCAGGGAGACAGCGGUGUCUUCACACUUCACAACUAAGUCUGACACAGGCCUAGCCUAGGCCCACCUGAUCACCUUCUCUGUCCAAAACAUUAGGCACCUUACGGAGAAGAAAAUAUGACUGCUGAAACUCUGAACUUUGGCCCAGAAUGGCUCCGUGCGCUGUCCGGUGGAGGCAGUGUGACAUCCCCCCCUCCUUCCCCUGCUAUGCCAAAGUAUAAGCUGGCCGAGUACCGCUACGGCCGAGAGGAAAUGUUAGCACUUUAUAUCAAAGACAACAAGGUCCCAGAAGAUAUGCAGGACAAGGAAUUUGCUGCUAUUCUGCAGGAAGAACCUUUGCAACCCCUGGCCCUUGUACCUUUAACAGAAGAGGAACAGAGGAACUUUUCAAUGUCGGUGAACAGUGUGGCUGUGCUGAGGCUUAUGGGAAAGGCAGGAGGUCCUAUCCCAACAGCUAUGGCCAGAGGCAGAGGCAGUACACGAGGCGGUAGAGGACGAGGAAGGGGUGAGAGUGCAUUUUACCAAAGGAAUGCUGAGGAAGGAGAGGUGGGCUUCAGUCGGAGCACCAGGGAGAUCCACCGCAGCCAGAGCUGGGAUGAUAGAGGCGAGCGUCGUUUUGAGAAGCCCUUGCGGCGGGAUGGGAUACGUGUGGGGUUUGAAGAGGUGGGGCCUACUUCCCGGAAGGAGUACACUCGUUCAGACAGCGAGAACUGGCGCACUCUGAGAGAGGAGCAGAUGGAGGAUGAGGGGAGUGAGCCUGGUGGAAGCUGGAGGAUGGCUGGUAGCCGGAGAGAAGAUGGAGGCCCUCGUUCAGCAGGCUGGAGAGAGCAUGGUGAGGGUCGGCGCAGGAAGUUUGACUUUGAUUUCCGGGAGCAUCCAGAGGGAGGACGCCGGCGGGCAUGUAGUGAGGGACUGGAGGAAGAACGAGAUGGUCUGCCAGAAUGGUGCACGGACGAGGAGGAUGGGGAAAUGGGCACCUUUGACUCGUCUGGGGCAUUUCUUCCAAUCAAGAAGGGCUCCAAGGAUCCCAUCCCUGAGGAACAAGAGCUGGAGUUCCAGGGGCUAGAGGAAGAGGAGGAGAGGAACAGUGAAAGCGAGAGAAAGAACAGUGAUGAGAAAGCAGAGGCAAAAGAAACUGCUGCAGUUUCUGGUGAUGAAAGGAAAUCUGUGACCCCACCUUCUCCCCGCAUCACUUCUGCCCCAGAACAAGCCUCCAGUGAACCCCAAACAAAAUCAAUCCCAAACAGUCAACCCAUGAACUCUAGUAGGGUGCCAGGUGAAGUGACUGCACCUGCCAGCCACAUCAGCCAGCUGAGUCCUGGCACUUCCUCCAGUCUGUCCUCUUCCCCACCCUCCUCCUCCUCUGCUGCUAUAGAGCUUCCUCUGCUAGGGGGUGACACUGAGGAUGAUGAGGGCAUGAAGCACCUGCAACAGGAGGCAGAAAAGAUGGUGGCAUCGCUGCAGGACAGCACCCUGGAAGAAGAGAACAACUUCACAAACAGUCUGCAUGAGACAUGCAACACAGCUGCUGCCCUUCCUCUUUCCCAUGAGGCUGCUAUGAAGUGGUUCUACAAAGAUCCACAGGGCGAGAUCCAGGGUCCUUUCACCACACUGGAGAUGUCAGAAUGGUUUCAGGCAGGCUACUUCAGCAUGACCCUGCUGGUGAAGCGUGGCUGCGAUGAGGGAUUCCAGCCUCUGGGGGAUGUUAUCAAGAUGUGGGGUCGUGUGCCUUUUGCUCCAGGGCCGUCCCCCCCACCUUUGCUGGGUAACAUGGACCAAGACCGGCUAAAGAAACAGCAGGAACUGGCGGCAGCAGCUCUUUACCAGCAGCUCCAGCAACAACAACUGUUUCAGCUUAUCAACAGGUGUGGCGAUCAGGGUAUGAACAGGUCCAUGUCAGUGCCAGACACAGGGUCCAUGUGGGACAUGCAUACCUCAGCUUCACAGCAGUCAGGCAGUGAAGCCAGUUUAUGGGACUUAACAAUGAAUUCUUCAACUCAGGGUCCAACUCUUGAACAGCUGCAGAAGCUUCAGCAGGAAAGGCGGGAAGCAGAGCUCAGGGCGAAGCAUGAGGAGGACGAGCGCAAACGCAGAGAAGAGAAGAAAAGGCGUGAGGAAGAGGAGAUCUUCCGGCGCAAGCAGCAGUGCCGGCAGCAGCAGGAACUCAUUCUCAAGCUGCUACAACAAACGCAGCAGCAGGCAAUGCCCAGCUGGGGUGUGGCAGCUGCCACGCUGUCCAAACAGCUGCAGCAAGAGACAGUGCCAGGGUGGGGCAUUGGCAUGGGGGCAACUACACUCUCCAAACAGCUGCAACAGGAGGCAGAGCGCCAGCUACAGAAGCAGCAGCAGCGAGACCGGCAUGGAAGCCUCUCCAUGGGCAGCUCAGGCAUGUCAGGACUGGGAGGACAGUGGAAUGAUAGCACCAGGACCUCUUGGGUUGGGCCUCCUGACAGUGGAAUUGGUGUGUGGGAUGAAGCCAUGAAGAACCAGGCUGGCCUUCGCAAUAUUGCUCUGAAAAACAACCAUAGUAGUCCUCCUAUAAGUGAGCCAUAUCUGCUGAACCGAAGGAAACGCACUGAUGAGGAAGACCGGCUGCUGAAGCUACUGCAGGGCAUGAAGCCACAGGAUGGGUUCACCACAUGGUGUGAGCAGAUGCUUCACACACUAAACACCUCCAACAACUCUUCCUCCUCACUUGAUGUGGCCACCAUAGUGGCAUACCUGAAGGAGGUGGACUCUCCCUACGAGGUACAUGACUUCAUUCGCUCCUACCUUGGAGACACCGUGGAAGCCAAAGAAUUUGCUAAACAGUUUUUGGAGCGCCGUGCCAAACAGAAAGCCAGCCUUCAGAGGCAGCAGCAACAGCUAUCAAAAGAGGUUGCUGGGAUGGCUUUGAACAUCCCGCUGCAGGACUCCAUGCGGGGCAUCCAUUCUAGCACCUUGCAGUCAGUGUUCCAGUCAACCCAUAUGGGGAAGAUGGGGCUGCCUGACUGCCAAGGAGCCAAGAUGAGAAAGAAGCAGCCUAUGAUGCUGCACUCUGAUCCCAGCAUCUUAGGAUACUCAUUCCAUAGCGCCAGGGAGAAGUUGAGCCUGGGCAAGAUGGAGCCGCUGGAGGAGUACUGAUCCACAGCAAUAGCUACAUGAGGCCUUCAUGAUACAACCACACCCUUUUGGGAAUGUGCACUACUGAGGGAGGACUGCACACUCUCGUGCCCCUCGAGGAGAGGGUGGUGUCAAGCAGCUCCCUCAUUGUUCUUGAGGGGUGGGGCAGAGUUGGGGGGAGGGAUUAUCCUCUGGCACUUAAUACAGUAAGCACUUUAAACUAAUGCACUUUAUAGGGUUUUGGAAUAUUUGAGUAGGGGCUUUAUUUUUGAGAUCACAGAACCUGUGUGGUUUGUUUUGGUAAAUAUAUACAAGUGUGUGGACAUGCACACAAACACAUGGAUGUAACACAUGUGCGUGUGCGCUACACACUUACAAACGCACACAUGCAAAUGAAUCUGCACACAAUUUGUAGGACCUGGAAGGUUACAUUUUUGAUUAGUGUGGUGGGGAGUUACAUGGGUGGGGUUUUUUGUACUUAUCAACACUGUUCUUUUAAAAAAAAAAAAAAAAGAAAAAAAAAUACAAAAAGUUAGAAGAAACUGAAAUUGAAAACUUGGUUUGCACUUGUGAAACUUAAAAGCUAAAAACAAAAUCUGAACUUACUAGGAGUAGAAGGUUUUUUUUUUUUUUUUUUUUUUUUUGUCUGUACAUUUACCAGAAAGUUUGUUUGGAAACACCCCCCCCCCCCCCAAUUAUUUUCCAAGAUGUAUUUGAAGCAGGCAGUUUGUAUGAGUGAGUUUUAUUUUUUUUAAAUGCAUGUGUAUGGGAGCAAGUGGGCGGAUAGCCGUGAUUGCAGUCUGCAGUGUCUGUUUUCUUUCCAGCCAGUCCUGCCCAACAUCCUAAUGGUCGUGUUUCAACAUUGGUGGCAAAAACAGUGUUAACCGUUGCUUUUUUUUCUGGUGCUGUAGUGUUUGGUGCAGGCCAGUUGAGGGUGCUGUGCUUGUAUUCUGUGUUCUACUUUGACUGCCACUCCAGGUACAUACUUUUUUGUUUUGUCUUCUCAGAAGAUUGGAUGGUUGUCUCAUGUAUGUGUGUGUCUGAAAGAGUGAGAAAUGUGAAUAAAUGAUUGCAUGGAGAUAAUUACUGGGUAAACAAAAGUAGCAGAGGAGAUUUCUGGAUGUGAGUUGCUGUCCCUGUCCUGUUUUUUGCUGCAUGUGUGCACAGUGGCAUCGUGCCCUAUGGGAUGCUCUUCUGCUGUGUUACAUGUCUUAGGUAUUGCUGUUGACUGGUGCGAUGUACCCUUCCUCAUGUUGUAAUUCAAAGUGAAGUUGGGCUUUGAGGCUGCUACCUUUUAAUUUUUCAUUUUGUUGCCUUUUUUUUUUUAAAUAUUGAAUGUAUUCCAAAAAAAUAGUUCUUGGCAUCAAGCUAGGAACUUAUUGGGAAAGAAAUCAACAAGAUGGACACAUACCUUUUCAAGAUGAGGAGAUGGCGAAGUCCUGGUGUUAUAGUCUCUACAUAUACAGAAGAGUCAGACUAUAACAAUCAUGCUGCAACUGCUGAAUACACUGCCUGUUCAUCCUUGUCAUGAAUGAUAAUUAGAAAAAUGAAAAGUUUACAGAGAUUGUCUUCUGAGGGAAGGAUUGAAGAAAUGGAGGUGUGACA